GCAAACUUCGUCGUAGUUGAUAAGACUAAUCGGAUCCCAAGAUUUAGCUUAAUGAACGCCUUUAGUACCUUCCAGUGAGAGCUGUUAUUAAACUUUGAUUUUUUCCACCCUUGAAUUUGCAGAAUUAAUUACCCAAUUGAAUGAACCACAAUCGGUAGAGUUGUACCGUCGUACGCCGUCGUAGUUUCGUAGAGGCAGUCGCAGGUGCUGUAGUCGUCUAUCCCAUGAGCCAGCAUGAAGAACAAAACGAAUGGCGUUGAGGAGGCAGUCGAUAGGGAAGCCCUCGCGGCCCCGAGAAUCGGCUGUUGUUAUCGGAUAAUAAAGUUUAUUUGCGUGUAUUGGCGCGCCCUGGUAGUAUUCUUGGCACCGUUCAUUGCGGCGUCAGUCUUCACCCUAGACACAACUCCUGCCUACCGAUGUAUGUACGUAGUGCUGAUCAUGUCGAUGUACUGGGUUACAGAGGCCAUUCCUCUGCCGGUGACGUCGAUGCUUCCGAUGGUCCUUUUCCCGAUUCUGGGGGUGCUGGACACCGACCGGACCUGUAUGAUGUACAUGAAGGAAACUAUGUUGAUGUUUAUCGGUGGCAUUAUAAUUGCCCUGGCUGUGGAGUUUUGUAAUCUGCACAAACGAGUGGCGCUUAAAGUGAUCUCGAUAAUUGGCUGCAGUCAGCGAAGGCUUAACUUUGGUCUCAUUACGGUGACGAUGUUUAUCUCGAUGUGGAUCUCCAAUACGGCAGCUGUCGCCAUGAUGUGUCCCAUCAUGCAGGCUGUUCUGGAAGAACUGGAAUCGCAAGGACUGUGUCAAAUGUACGAGCGACCCAAAAAGACUAACGAAGAGGAAGGAAUGCUCGGAAACGAGAAAUCAACAGAUGAGUAAGUAUCGCUUCUGUGUAAUUAAAUCAUUAGGCAUUUCCGAGAAUUGCUGAAAGGGAUAGUGAGUUCUCGAGU